UACCACCCCGCUCAUCACUUCCACGCUCUCUCGCCCUUCCAUUCUUGUUACAAAGUCUCUAAAAUUUAAAAUUAAACCCCCAAACUUUAAACAAAUCACGUUUCCAAAUUGAAUGCAAUCAAGAUCUUUCAGUUUCAUCCUCCCGAAAGCCAAUCAAUUCCAAUGGCGGACGAUAUGAGAGGCGUUGUUGGCUACGCGCUGUUACCCAAGAAACAACAAAGCUUCAUCCAAGACUCGCUACUCUCUCUCUGCAAAUCAAAAGGCAUCGAUCUGGUGAGAAUCGAUCAAGACCGUAGAUUAAUCGAUCAAGGACCGUUCGAUUGCGUUCUCCACAAGAUGUACGGUGAUGAUUGGAGGAAACAACUCGAGGAGUUCCAAAUUCAAAACCCUAACUCCACAAUAAUUGACUCUCCCGUCUCAAUCCAACGACUCCACAACCGAAUCUCGAUGCUGCAAGCGGUUUCGGAGUUAAAGAUCGAGUCGGGAACGGAUACUUUCGGCAUUCCGAAACAGAUUGUGAUUUACGACAAGGAAACGCUUUUCGACCGCCAAUCUUGGGAGUUUCUAAAAUAUCCGGUCAUUGCGAAACCAUUGAUUGCUGAUGGUAGCGCAAAAUCUCAUAAAAUGGCUCUGGUUUUUAACCAUGAGGGUUUAAAUAAACUGAAACCCCCAAUUGUCUUACAAGAGUUUGUUAAUCACGGCGGCGUUAUCUUUAAAGUUUACGUGGUGGGGGAAUUUGUUAAGUGUGUGAAAAGGAAGUCUUUGCCAGAUGUUUCUGAAGAGAAACUGAAGGGUUUGGAAGGGUCAUUGCCGUUUUCUCAGGUCUCCAAUUUGACUAGUGACGAGAGAAAUGAUGAUAAGUACUAUAAGUUGAUGGAUUUGGAGGAAACUGAGUUGCCACCGCAGAGUUUUAUUACGGAUAUUGCUAGAGGGUUGAGGAGGGGAUUGAAGUUGAAUUUGUUUAAUUUUGAUGUCAUUAGGGAUGCUAGAAUUGGGAAUAGAUAUCUUGUGAUUGACAUUAAUUACUUUCCUGGGUAUGCCAAAAUGCCCGGUUACGAGACUGUUUUGACUGAUUUCUUUUGUGAUGUGGUGGGGAAGAAGAGUUUGAGUGAGGAGAAAGAGAAAGGUGGGGUUGAGAAGCUGCAGGUGGUGCGUAAUUGUGACGUGGACUUGACCAAGAUUGUGAGUAAGACUUGUUGUAGUGAUGGGGAAGACUGAAGAGAAAGAGAAAUCACCCGUUCUUCAAGUUUGAAAUGCGGGAAGCAAAAAACUAAAGUAGGGGAUAACGGUGGGUGUGGCUCAAUGGGUUCAUUGAGUGGUGGGUGGGGAAUCGGGUUAGGUAGGAGGGAGGAGCAGAGGAGGUACAGUGGUGGAAUAAAUAGGUUUGUUGCGUCUUUGUUGGUAGUUUUAGCCUCUUGACAACAUUUACAUGGUGUUUUGGAGUUGAACAUGUAUAUUCUGUCAACAACUGCUCUGGUGUUAGGUAAUUUCCAAAUACUCUUCUUCAAGUUUUUAGGAAAGUUUAAACUGUACUUUGAGGCGUUCCAAGUGUUUCCUUUGUAGAAGUUGUUUUUGUUUAGCGCAAUUUGGCACUUUUGGUGAAUGAAAUUUCCUUAUUUUUUUUUGUCA